GAAGGCUACUGAGGUCAUCACUCCGUGACAAGGUACAAAGCAGCGCGACAACAUGGAGGCGGAUGAGCUAAUAGGCCACAAUGGUGUUUUCAAGGUGAAAGAACGACUCCUGAAACGCCACCAGGCGAGGAUCGAGGACGUCGAGCGGAGAAAAGAAGCCAAAGAGAACCACACCGUCAUCAAGGAGAGCGUCGACUACUUCCUCAGCACUUUCUCCGGCGAGCGGGCGGCCAUCGAGGAGCUGCUGUCUCGCUGCAUGGGAGUGGACCAGAAGGCGGCUGCUCAGCUGCUGGAGGAGGCUACGAAUAAAACGGUACAGUUGCAGAAAUUCCUCAAUGACAGCAUGGUAUUUCUGACCACUUACGACCAAAGGCAAGCCCAGGCUGCCCUCCAGAAACUUCAAACUUGUCUCACCGAGACGAGAGAGCAGGCGCUGCCCAAGAAGAAGUUCGCUUUUCGGGCUCGUUGUAAAGCAGCAGACAAAGCCCCCGAAUCAGUGAUGGACCCUUUAAAUGAUGGUGCACCUGAAAAAUGUGAUAGUACACAAGUGGAAGGAGACCCUGCUGGUGUACAGUGUGGCUUCUCUCAUAUGAGCAACACAGUCCUUGCAAAGACAGCAGAGGAGAUCCAGAAAGAGGAUGUGCUGCUGUCUCACUUGUCCAACUGCAAAGUGUGUCUCUAUGGAACCCCCAGCACUCUCCACCUGAAGCACAUUGACAACUGUGAGAUCCUGUGUGGACCCGUUUCCACCUCAGUGUUUGUGGAUCAAUGUCAACACAGCACUCUGGCAUUGGCCUGCCAGCAGCUGCGGACCCACAACACCAGCGACACCCUGGUCUACCUGCACGUCACCAGCCGGGCCAUCAUAGAGGACUGCCAAAGGGUGAGCUUUGCCCCUUUCUCCUGGUCUUAUCCCACGCUGGAGGACGACUUCCGUGCCGCCGGACUCGACCCGGACCGAAACAACUGGGAUCAGGUGGACGACUUUAACUGGCUCGCUGCAGGAACACCUUCCCCCAACUGGGCUGUUAUUCCGAAAGCAGAGCGGAGGACCACAUGGGAAGCCUAAAACUGAAUAUUAAUAGCAUAUGAGUGCUUAUUUAAAUCCAGUGUUUAAUUUCAAGCAACAGCACAGCUUGAAUUAGAUUUUUGCUUUGUGUUAGCAUCAUGUCUUACAGAACAAUGCCAUAUGUGUGCAUCUGCAUGGAUAAUUUCUGCCCAGUACACUUCUGUAACACAUUUUGCCUUUUUAAAAAUGUAAUAAACAUAACUACAAGUGUAAAGGAUGCAUGUUUCAUGCUAAUUUUAUGUUAGCAUCCAAAACAUCUUUUAGGGAGCAUUUCAUUCAGUCAUUGAAUAUUUUACUAUAAUAUGUUUCAGGACAGGAAAAAAAUAAGUUCUAUAUUUAAAGGUGGCUGGCCAUUUCACAUUUCACUUCCAAUCUGAUCCCUGAAUUUGGAUAUCUGCUGAUACAAUUCCGAUACCAGAGCUCUGUUUGCUUUAAUAUCAUUAUUAUUGUAUCUUCUACAGAUGCCAUAAGAAUGAUGAGGUGGUUGAUCAAUCUCUUCAUUGAACAAUACAACAAUACUGUCUGUUGCAGCCAUGCCAAAAGAAUAAAAGAAAACAAAAUAUCAGCAAACAUAGCUGCAAACAAGCGCUCAGCCUGAUUUAACAGUCUGACAACACCUAAGUCUUAAUGUCACACAUAACUUUGGGUUGCUACUUUAUCAUUAUUGUUGAUUUUCUUUAAACUACUCUACAGGCAAGUAUGACAACCACCGGGAAGUUUCAUAUACAGUAGUUUAAGAGUUUGUGACAUCCAACUGUGUUGUGUGGCAGUGAACGUGUCAGGUGUGUGUGUGUGGUGCAAGUGAGCAAGACGGCUACACUAGCUGCUAAUCUUUUGGCUACUUUUGCUGACAACAUGAAAGCACAGACAUGGCUAUCCAUCCAUGCAUUUUUUUUGCCGCUUAUCCUAAUUAGCUGACUGGACUGGUGUCCAGCCAAUGGCAAGGCACAUAUAGACAACCAUUCACACUCACAUUCAUACCUAUGGACAAUUUAGAGUUGCCAAUUAACCUAACAUGCAUGCUUUUGGAAUGUGGGAGGAAACUGGAGUACCCG